GUUCUCAGUGAUUCCAGUCAUGGUACCCAGCAUGUUCAAAUCCCAGCAGUUCCUCAGAUGCUAAGCAAACGCUCAUUGUGGUUUCACCCUUGACCCCUGGUUAAGCCACAUAUUUUUCACACUGCCUCCUAGUGACUGUACAGAGCUACAGCAUGUAGAUCUGCUCUGCAAAGCUAUGAUAGCACCAACCCACAACUAUAACCCUGGUAUAUGAGGAUCCCCCAACAGUGUGAAUGUUCUGGCCACCCUGCUAAUAUCGUAUGACAUCAAGAGAGGAGCUGCCGAACCACAGAGAUGACUGCAAAUUUUGCAAAGAUGAGGAAAAGGAAACUGUGAUUCUUAACACAAAUCUGAGAAGGAAAGACGGAGAGAGUGAGUGAUACAGCUCGGGCCAUUUUCCCUUAAACUGAAGGCUGAAAAAGAAAGAAAAGAUGAAGACCGUGGCUAUCCUGGCUCUCUGCUUCUUGGUAGUUAUCUGUGUCGCUUCGGAUGCUGCCACCGACCCUCAGCCUGCUGGUGACAACCCUGCUGAGGAGGGUUUGUUUGUGGAGAGGGAGCAGGCCUCCACGGUGGUGAGGCAGAAGAGAGCUGCUGGACAGUUAUCCUUGGUACAGCUGGAGAGCCUGAGAGAAGUGUGUGAGGCCAAUGUGGCUUGUGAGCACAUGAUGGACAUAAACGGCAUCAUUGCCGCCUACACUGCCUACUAUGGACCAAUCCCCUAUUAGAGGCUACAGCUGACUGCGCACCAGAGCUGCCUUUUUUCUUGCAUUGCCACCUCUGAGCUCGGCUUUUCUUUGUCUAAAAGUGGGGCAGACGGCUCAGACUGGAAGAAACCAAACACCAGCAGGUGGAUUUACUUUCUUUCCUAACUGCACCUUCAAGAAUAUCUCUGUAAUUCUGUCAUUUUUCUCCGCCUGUAGAGUUGAAACGGAAUAAAAAUGAAUAUCAUUCUG